GCAAACUCAGCCAACCAAGAAACUAAACUGCUUCACCAAAAUCCUGAACAGGAGGAAGAAAAUCGGCAGCCAUGGCGAGUGAGAUUCUUCCCGUCACCUCUGCGGCCACGAGCUUACUAGAAAAACGACAGCGUUCAAUAUUUGACCUCCCACCCUACUUCUUCGAUUCUUGUCGCUUACUUUCUCCUUCUUUAACUUCAGACUUUGAGUCACUCUCAAUUUCUGAGAACUCUUCUCUAGAAAGCCAAAACAACGCUGACGAUGGGGAAGAAAAGAGUUCCGUGAUAGGCGUCGCUGUGCCUAGAUGGACUUGCAACACCUGCAAGGCUGAGUUUGACUCUCUCCAGGAUCAGCGCUCCCACUUCAAAUCAGACGUUCAUCGUUUCAACGUAAAAUUAAGCAUUGCUGGAAAGGAUAUUGUAAAGGAAGAAGAUUUUGAUGAGUUGACUACGCAGUCUUUCAAAGACUAUGAGGUUUCGAGUAUUUCAGGAUCUGAGGAUGAAGCUGACAGGGUAGCGUAUCUGCGCAAUUGUGCUCACAGGGGAUCAGUUGAAAAUAUUAGGCAGAAGCUGUUUAUCCGACUUCAAACGGGAGAGAGAAUUUCAGUUUGGAAGUCAUUAAUUAUGAACGAGUUGGAAAGUAUUUCAUAUGAGAAUGAUAAAGAAGAAUGGAAUGAAAAUGGUGGGUGUUUGAGAGAAAAUGAGGUGAUUGAGAGAUUGAAAACUUCGAUUCAAGAGGCUAGAGAUAAUACACGUUUAAGGAUUGUGUUGCUUUCAAGUGGUGGGCACUUUGCUGGCUGUGUCUUUGACGGUAACUCAGUUGUAGCUCACAAAACAUUCCACAGAUAUGUGGUGAGGGCCAAGGCUGGUAAGAAACAGUCAUCAAAAGAUGCAACUGGGAAGGCCGCACAUUCUGCUGGAGCUGCACUCCGGCGGCAUAAUGAACUUGCAUUGAAGAAGGAAAUUCAAGAGCUGCUUGCUUCUUGGAAGCCUUAUUUCGAUGCUUCCUCUUGUGUUUUCAUUCAUGCUCCUUCGACCAAUCAUCAUGUGCUUUUUAAUGGGGAUAAACCUUAUUUCAGUCACCAGUUCUGUGCUGUUCGAAAUGUUCCAUUGACUGUUCGUAGGCCCACCUUAAAGGAAGCCAAGCGUAUAUAUAACCAGCUUACGCAUAUUGCUUAUGAAGAGGAGGAGAAGGAAAUUCCACCAGGCACCAAAGAAGAUGUGUUGUUAAGUGGGAGCACCAUCGGUAAUGGCAAGCAAGACUCCUGCAAAGAGGGUUUAGGCUGUAGGGAUGCUUCUGAAAAUCCUUCAAUCAAUGUAAAAUCUGAUGUUAUAUCAAGCGAGAGUGAUAGUGAAGUAGUUUAUACCUCAACACCUUUGCAUGAAGCAGCACAAUCUGGAAAUGCGCAAAAAGUGUUGGAACUCUUAGAGGAGGGUUUAGAUCCUUGUAUUAAAGAUCAAAGAGGGCGAACCCCAUACAUGCUGGCCAACGAGAAGGAAGUCAGGAAUACUUUUAGACGGUUCAUGGCCUCAAACCUCGAUAAGUGGGAUUGGAAUGCUGCUAAAGUACCUAGUGCCCUAACUAAAGAAAUGGAGGAAUCUCAAGCGUCUAAGCAGGCAGAGAAAGAUGCUAAGAGGAAAGCAAGAGCAAAGGAACUAAAGAAAUUGCGUAGAGCCAAAGAAAAGAAAGCUCAGGCUGAGGCUGCCCAAUCCCAGAAUACUGCCGCAAUUUCACACAACAGGGCCACCGUACCAUCAGUUGUAAAGGGACAAUCUCAAACUGUUGGUGGAUCAUGGAUCUCUAAAGAGGAGGAACUGAAGAGAGCACAGGCUGUUGAGAGGGAAAAGAGAGCUGCUGCUGCUGAGAGGAGGAUAGCUGAAGCAGCAGCUGCUGCUGCCCGCGAUGCUCAAGGCAGUAGCACAACCGUUGGAUCAAGUACUUCACGACCCAAAAGUGGAGAAGCUGGUGAUAUUAACUGCUCCUGUUGUAAUACAUCAUUGGCUGGAAAAGUUCCCUUUCACAGGUAUAAUUACAAGUAUUGCAGCACAUCAUGCAUGCAUGUUCACAGAGAGAUUCUUGAAGAUGGAUAACUUCAGCAGUUGAAGUCAUAACUAUAUAAAUUUUUUAUUCCAACUUAGACAUAGUUGAAAUUUUCUUUAUUUUUUGAUUAUUGUGUCAUAUUUUCCAUAUUCACUUACAAAUGGAGUACGAAGUAUAAUAUAUACAUUGCUAGACAAAAUCUUUUCCUUUU